CUCAAUUGCUGAGAAAUUCAAAUCUAAGAAAGAACUCAGUGAUAUAUUUCUAAACUUCAAUUCUUUCUAUAUUGAUAUUUAAUUGAAGUAUAUUCAUUGUGCAUUCAAUUAUACUAAUAAGCUCUUUUGAGAGUGCUUUUUAUUUACAAGAAUUGUUCUUGUUCUUCUUGUUAUUUUUUACGAUUCAAGAUUAUUAAAUCGUUACAUUACCGAAUAUGGGGUAUCGCUUGAAGAGGAGGGCUCCAUCCUACUUGAAGGAGUGAGUAAACGGUUUACUUUGCCCGGUUAAGGGAGCGGUAUAGUGAAAUCCUUGGGUGGUUUUCCUAAGGCGAGGACGUAAGCGAGUAUAGUCGAACCUCAUAAAAUCUCGGUGUCUUUCUCUUUCCUAAAUCUCUUUAAUUUUCUACAUAUAUAAAUUGCGUGGAUGCAUAAUUAAUUGCUGUAAAUUAAAUAAACAUUGAGAAUUGUGGAAACCUUGAUUAAAGAAAGUACAUUGAUUGCGGAAAUCUUGAUUUUUAAUCAUUGUGUUUGUGUGUGACAGUUGAAAAGAAAAAUAGUUAGAGUUCAAAAUUAACUAAAGGAACUUAUAAAAAGAGUUCAUAAAGAAAUUUUUUAAAAUCUCAAUUCACGCCCCUCUUGGGAGUACACCCUACUUUUUAAACACUUUGUACAAUCUAAUUUACACAAUAACUUUAAAAAUACACAAAAAAAAAAAAAUUACAGUACUUCUUUUACACUUAAAGUUAAUUAUAAAAAAAAAAUGGUCUACUUUUAGGAAAACAAAUUUUUUUUCUUUUUAAUUUUACAACUAAGCAUGAUUAAGAACUUAAUAAUUACAAAAUUUUACAUUAAUAUUUAAACAUAAGUAAUGUAAGAUCCAUAUUAAAAUAUACUGACCAUAGAAGUGUUAAACAACAUUUUAUAAUUGACUAUUUUUUAAAAAUAGGUGAAGUAAAUAUAUUUCGUAGCGUCAUUUAGAAAUUAAAAAAGUAUUAGGGAAAACAAGAAAAAAGACAAAAUAUUUCACUUUGUAUUUUUAUUUCUAAAGAAAAGAAAAUAUAUAAUAUAUUAGAAUUUUAAAAAUAAAAAUUUAAUUAGACCAUUAUCACCAGCAUUAACAAAUACAAUCAUUAUAUUUAUUCACGUCCGAAAAAUAAAAAUAAAAUAUAUAUUACGAAAGAAACGUAUUUAUACCAAAAUCAAAUUCCCAAAAAACCACUAGCUUCAUUCAACUCUAUUCGUCAAUCAAUCAGUUUUUUCGGUAUUUAGGAAUUGAGAAACUCCUCAGGAACCACCACCGGGCGAGAGAGGUAAAGCGGCGACAGCCCCGGCGUUUCGACGCCGCCGUCGGUCUCACGGCGCCCUCCGGCCGCCUUUUGUUUCUGCACGACUGACGACGACGGCGAUGGUGUAGUGGCGUCGCCGUGCACGCGAUGACGGAUUGGGGUUUUGGGGGGCUCGCGGUGGUCGGUGGCGGCAGGGGUCGCGUGAUCGGCCUUCUGGGCUUGGAGCGGAAGAACCUGCUGGCGAGGAGCGGCGGCAGCGUCCCCGGGAUUAUUGACGGACGGCGGAGGACGGGGGUAGAGGAAAUCGGUGGGGAAGAAGUAGUAGGACUGAAGACCCGCCAUGGAUGGAUCAAUCGAAGCUUCAAGGCGAAGAAGACGACUCUGGGAAUGCGGAGCGAAUUGAAAAAUCUGAAACCCUUGAGGGGCAGAAAUAGUAUUACGAAAUUUAUACGGGCAGAGAAGAAGCUACCUACCUGGGGAGAGUUUCUUGGACAUGACACAAGGCUCCAUUCCCUCCUCUUCUCGCGGCAAGGUUUCAAGAACCAGGGGUUUCCCUCCAUCAAUGGAAGGCUCUGCGGAGAAGCAGCAGCGGCAAUGGCGAAUCGAUCGAGAGAUACCUUCUAGGGGGCGUGAUAGGCAUGGAGUCUUCAUUACUGUAUUUGCAACAAUCCGAAUUCAUUUUCCCCAUUUUUCAUGAGAAGAUGAGAAUGAAAGAUGGUCCGGUGGGCGGUGGCUGAGCUGUGAAGCGCACAAAUUGUACAGCCAGAUUGCAUUGCAGAAACCAGAAUCGAAGUAUUUACAGCUUUCUUCUUGAUUUUUCAUGAUCAGCAAUGACAAUGAGUCUAAUUCAAACUUCAACGUGAUGGUUCCGAAGUGAUGGUUCUUUCUAAUAGGCCCCGCAUAAGGUCUGUAUUGAUCUGACUCUGAUUUUGUCUCUUUUUGCUCCUGAAUAUUUACUGGGUUUUUUGUUCAUCUUUCAAGCUAUUAUGAUAAUACUUGUGAUGGAUAUAUUGUGCGACGCA